AGCCUGGAUGCUGAUUUGUGCGGGAGAUUGCUCCUCACAGAAAGAAUCCUGGUGAGAUGCGGGGACAGGAUGGCAACUCUACCGGUGGACUGCAGCUGAAUACUAAAAGGACACAUUUGCAGGUGGCGUGUGGUGUGGUGUGAGGAGAUGCCCCUGGUCAAGAGGAGCAUAGAUCCCCGGCACCUCUGCCGCGGGGCGCUGCCCAAGGGGAUUGGCAGUGAGCUGGAGUGCGUCACCAACAACAGUCUGUCUGCCAUCAUACGUCAGCUCAGCAGUCUAAGUAAACAUGCAGAGGACGUCUUUGGAGAGCUGUUUAGUGAGGCUAACACCUUUUACCUGCGUGCAAAUGGUCUCCAAGACCGCAUCGACCACUUGGCUGUCAAGGUCACUCAGCUGGAUUCCACUGUGGAAGAGGGUCAGUUGGGGUCAGGGGAUAAGGUCUCUCUGCAGGACAUCAACAUGAGGAAGGCAUUUAAGAGUUCCACAGUCCAGGACCAGCAGGUGGUGUCCAAUAGCAGCUCGUCCAACCCUGUGGCAGAGAUGUACAACACCAGCGACAAGCCUCCUCCUCUCAGCAUCCUCUCUGCCUACAGAGAUGACCACACUGAUGGGAUGAAGUUCUACACAGACCCGUCCUACUUCUUUGACCUGUGGAGAGAGAAGAUGCUGCAGGACACUGAGGACAAGAGGAAGGAGAGAAGAAGACAACGGGAGCAGAAGCGAUGUGUUGAUGGCACACUUCAGCGUGAGGUGAAGAAGGUUCGUAAAGCCCGAAACCGCCGUCACGAGUGGAACAUGAUGGAGUUCGACAAAGAGCUUCGCCCAGACCAUCGCCACCCUCACUCUCUCCACCGGGGGGCGUCGUCUGAGGGCUCCCUCUCCCCGGAGAGUAGAUAUGAUCUGCCAGACUACCCAACUGCUCCAGGCCUUCCCCAUGCUACAUCCAACCACACCCUGGCUCACCCUUACCAGCCUGCAGACAUCCAUGAGUCUGUAGAGCAUGAGUACCACAGCAUCGGAGUCGGCUACAGAGACGGGACUCUCAACCGCCCACACCACCCCAACCCUCUGCAUCACUCCACUGAGAGAAUGAAUGGCACUAUAACACUUCCACCUGCAGACUACAGUAUAAUGGAGUACUAUGCCAGUUCUGGACCACCACCACCUCCUCCCCCAGCCCCUCUUAUCCCAUCUGCACAGACAGCCUUUGGCUCUCCCAUGGUGUCCCCCACCCCCCUUACUGGAUCCUCGGGCUAUUGUCCUCCCCCAAUGCUAUCUCCCCCAGGACCCCGUAUGAUUCCACCUCCCCCAGGUCCUCCACCACUACCAGUCCCUCCCGCUCCCCCCCAAGUGGCAGGACUCGGUGAUUGGAAGCGACAGGACACCCAGCCUGUCACUGGCACUCGAAGUGACCUUCUGUCAGCUAUUUGCAUAGGUAUCCAGCUGAAGAAGGGGCAGGAGCAGCAGGAGCAGCAGGCCAAGCGGGAGCCUGUGGGGAACGACGUGGCCACCAUCCUGUCCCGACGCAUCGCAGUGGACUACAGCGACUCAGAGGACGACUCCGAACUGGAGGACAACGACUGGUCAGACUGACCCUCACACCGCCCCCACACGGUGACCAAAUACCAUGGACACAUCUCUGCUCCAGCCCAACUGUCCCACAAAGGAUAUGAUGUGGUACAGAUUAGUUAUGAGAGUCUCAAAUGCAGUAUGUGGUCAGGGACACUUUUUUUACAGACCAAUGACCAUAUUAUGGUUCAUAGUGAUUAGUGGGCAUAGGCUGAGGAGCCAGUUUCGUUUUAGCCUUUGUGUCCAGUAGGUGAAUGGACUUAAAAUUAAGGCAAAUUAGUUUCCUGAUGAACUGAGAUUCAGCUGAAAUCACUCAAAAGGUAUGUGGACCAAAUAACCAUGUGGUGAAUUUCCCCCUUUUUCCUACUGUACCUACAGAGCUGCCUGAGCUCUUUUCCUACUGUACCUACAGAGCUGCCUGAGCUCUUUUCCUACUGUACCUACAGAGCUGCCUGAGCUCUUUUCCUACUGUACCUACAGAGCUGCCUGAGCUCUUUUCCUACUCUACCUACAGA